AUGUGGAAACAGUUCAGCUUACAAGCAACAUAUGAGUGGAUUCCUAUAGUGAAGAGUCUCAUUCAGUCCUAUAAUGACACCAAACAUCGCACCAUCCGGAUGAAAGCUAAAGAUGUCACUGCUGCUCAUGAGAAGUACUUGUUACGUCAUGUCUAUGGAAAACUCAAGACUCCUCGCACAAAGGAAAUCAAGUUCAAGGUUGGAGAUAAGCUCAUCGAAUAUGAGGACCAACCAAUUGAGGGUGGAUUCUACCAGGAGGAGUUAACGAAGGUCACAUAUCCUGACGUUGACCUCGUGGAGAAAAUACUCCGAAGACGUGGAAACAAAGUCUUUGUCAAGUGGUUGAGUUUUGAUAAUUCACACAAUAGCUGGAUAGAUAAGGAUGCAUUGUAA